CGUUUACACCCUCGACGCGAAAAACUUUAGGACAGGGAUCCAGAUUACACUUAGUUAGCUAGCCAUAUAUUAAAUCAUACACUCCUCGACCAUAUAUCUUCACCCUUUGGACGAGCUCGACGUAUCCAGCCCUGCUCCCCGUGGAUAGGCGACUGGGCGCAGCCAUGGAAGAGAAGAAAUCUUAUCUCGGUUCCAAAGCCGCCAAAUAUGCCUUGGGCAUCCAUCGUGGGCCGCUUCCUCAAGGCGAUGAUGAGGACUACACAAUUGAACAUGUCGAGACCGCAAACACCAUCACCUUAGAGAAGAAGGAGAGGACGAGAGCUGAGCGAGCGCGCCGACAUUGGGCUCGAUUUUGGUGUUGCUAUAUCUUUUGGAGCAUCAUCUUCCUGGCCAUUUUCUUGCCUAUUUUCUUCACAAUCGUCAUCCCGGCCAUUGCCCAAAGAGUGGUCGACAAUUCAUCACUGGUACUCACCGAGGCGAGUGUCUUGCAGCCACGACCUGAUUCAAUCAUGCUUAGCUUGAAAACCGCGCUGAAACUGCCCAUCGGGGUUCCGGUACGCAUCGAUCCCAUGGCGGUCAGCCUGUUCAAUCGCAAAGAAGAGGGCAAUGGGACCUGGGCUAUUGUCUAUCUCGACGGUACGACGAUCAGUGGCAACACCACCCUAGGAACCGACAACCAAUUCACCCCCUUGGGUGUAGAGCAGUGGAAAAAGUAUGUCCACAGUGUGGUCUUUGAGAAGAACGCCCCGUUGUCGGUCUAUGGCAAAACCCAGGCAUUCCUGGGCCAGUUAAAAAACCAUGUCACCAUGGACAAAGAUAUUCAUCAAAACACCCUCGAUUCGUUUGCUGGAUUCACCAUCGCGGACCCUCAACUCCUUCUCCCUAAAAGGGCCGAUGGGACCAACUUAAUCGCCAACGCCACCUUGCCUAACCCUUCGGUCAUGACCUUGGAAAUUGGAAAAACAAUCCUCGAUCUCAAAAGCGGUGACCUCGUCAUCGGCAAUGCGACUAUCGACAAUCUCGUUCUCAAACCAGGCAACCACUCGACACCAGUUCACGGCAUAAUAGACAUCCGCCUCUUACUCAAGAACCUCUUAACUAUCCUGCAGACACAGGCCAGCUCCAUCAAGAACGGAUAUCUCACUCUCACUACCGUCGGCAAAACCGUCAUCUACGAUGGAGUCGAAGUCCCGUACUACACUGAAGUAAUGAGAAAUCUGACCAUGUCAGCCCAGGUGCCUCUCGGUGGGUUAAUCACAAACACACUACGGGGGAUUUUACACGGUGACGGCGGAAGCAAUAUCUUCGCAAAUCUUACCGACAACUUGGGCUCGAGUAGCGGGGGCGGGUUACUGGACUCACUGCUCGGUUCCGAUAAACGCGUGAGUGAUCUGCUGACUAGUCGCGCUGUGGAUGACAUUUUGAAUAAUCCCGAGAAGCGCUCGUCGAUGAUUAAUAUCCUUGAGGGGUUUCUUUAAAUGAUGAUUCAUGAUGUAUAUACUGGUUUCUACGAUGUUAAGGGUGGCGUUCG